AUGAAAUUGGACGUUGGGUUACAUGCAGCGGAAUUUAUGUUCUCAAGGACGUACUUACAGCCUAGUAUCAAUUUGGUUUGUCCCGUGGUAUUGUGUGCAGUAAUUGCUUCAACUUUUCGCAGCGUUUGGUUCUGCCGAAUGUCAAUACAUUCUGUAGCUUUGAUCACUUGUCCAAAUUCGACAGUUGCAGAAUCUAUUGCCAGUACUUUGGUCACUAAGAAGCUAGCGGCUUGCGUUAAUAUUGUUCCAUCCAUCAAGUCCAUCUAUGUCUGGGAGGGAAAACUUGAGAAAGCGGAGGAAUUAUUGCUGAUAGUGAAAACUCAGUCGAAAAUAGUACCAUUAUUAACGGACACUGUGAAGGAAAUCCAUCCUUAUGAAUGCCCUGAGGUUAUUGUUUUAAACAUUGAGGGAGGUUAUCCACCAUAUCUCAAGUGGAUCACAGAUUCUACUUCUUGA